CUUAUCUCUGUAAUUUUUAAUCAGGCGUCUUUAUCGCUGUUCAUGUUGUUUUUCUUUUCAUUUUUUGAACGUCUUGGAUUUUUCCUACACCUUAAGAUAACAUGGCUCCUCUCACUGAACGUGAGCGAAUACUUAUUCUUAUGAUGAAAGGCUAUGGAAAUAUGACGAGAUCUAAUGAAGAUGUACAGAUUUUAUUCAACGAUACUUUUAGGGUAGGAGCUGAACAGAUAUCCAAGUCGACUGUACAAAGGACAAUUGCACGUUUCAAUUUGAGUGGAAGUGUAAAGGAUCUUCCUAGAUCGGGUCGCCCUGUUGCAGCAACUAAUCCAGAAAAACAGCUGGAUGUUGCUCUCUCAGUUAUUGAAGAUCGUCACAGUACGGUUAGGAAAUUAAAACAGCAACAUGAUAUUAGUGUUGGAUCUACACAUAAUAUUUUGACAAAAAAUUUAAGGUUCCAUCCAUACAAAAUUAAACUUGUACAUGAACUGCUUGAAGAUGAUUCUGAUAGACGCCUUCAGUUUUGUGAAUUGAUGAUGGCCCAAAUAGAUGCUGAUGGAAAUUUAUUGAAUAGAAUUUUAUUUUCAGACGAAGCUACGUUUGAACUUAAUGGCAAUGUCAAUAGGCAUAAUUUUAGGUUCUGGAGCGAUAACAACCCAAGAUGGAUGUCUGAUACUCGCAAUACUCAAUAUCCUGAAAAAUUGAAUGUCUGGGCCGGGAUUAUUAAUAACAGAAUAGUUGGGCCCUUCUUCAUUGACGGAAAUCUUACUGCGGUGAACAAGAUGGUGCAGCUCCUCAUUAUGGCCGAGAUGUUCGUGCCUACUUAAACACAGUAUUUCCAGCGAGGUGGAUAGGGAGAAGAGGAGCUAUAGAAUGGCCAGCCAGAUCCCCUGAUCUUACACCACUUGAUUAUUUUUUGUGGGGUUAUCUCA